CACCAACAAAUAAGUACCCCAAGCCUCCCCGUCUUCUGCGAAUCUCUCUUCCCUCCUUCUUCUUUCCCCUCUACCUGCUCUUCAGCUCCAUCUGAAAUCCAACGCCUUUUCUGGAUUAACUUCCUUUUUUUCUUUCCUUUUUUAUACCAACGUCUUUGUUUGUUGUGAUACCCAAUCUCAUUUGAUACCCCCCCAAAAUCUUUCAAAAUGGCCGAGGAACAGAAGAACAACGAGGUCCCUCAGGAGACCAAGCCUGAGAUCGCUGCCCCUAUCGCUGGCAUCUCUGCCCCGGCAGUCGAGGCUCCCGUCGAGACAAAGCCUGUCGAAGAGACUCCCGUUGUCGCCGCCGAGACCGCUCCCGCUACGGAGGAGAAGCCCGCUGAGGAGACCAAGCCUGCCGAGGAGGAUGCCAAGGCUGAGGAGAAGAAGGAGGAGGAGGUUAAGCCCGUGGAGGAGGGUCACUUGAACCACAAGGCUCAAGGUCUGAGCUUCCCCAAGAACCUUAUCCCCAGCAAGGAGUUCUUCUUCUUCGGCACCGAGGCUGUUGAGCCCAAGGCUCUCUCCCAUUACCUGAAGAGCGAGAAGUCCACGGAGACUGCUCACUCGAACAUUGCUUGGGCUUCCGAGACUGGCAAGGGUCUUCUCUUCGUUGGUGACAAGAAGAACCCCUCUAGCGUCAUCAGCCUGGCUGAUGCCACUGAGCCCGAGAUCGACGGCUCUCACAAGUUCCACCUCACCUCCAAGGGCAACAAGCACACUUUCAAGGCUUCCAGCGCCGCUGAGCGCGACAACUGGGUUGCUCAGCUGAAGCUCAAGAUUGCUGAGGCCAAGGAGCUUGCCACCACCGUUACCGAGUCUGAGACCUACAAGGCCACCCUCGAGAGCUUCAAGCCUGCUCCUGUCAAGAAGGAGGAGAAGGCUGCUGAGGCCGCCAAGGAGGAGACUCCCGCUGAGGCUGCUGCUGCUGUCCCUGCUACCGAGGAUGCUGCUCCCGUCACUGAGGAGACCCCCAAGGAGGAGGAGAUCAAGGACGAGCGCAAGAAGGAUGUCAAGUCCGAGGAGCCCAAGCGCCGAUCUGCUAGCCGCAAGCGAACCUCUUUCUUCGGCUUCGGCAAGAAGGAGGAGUCUAAGAAGGAGGAAGUGAAGAAGGAGGCUGAGGCCAAGCCCGCCGAUGAGGUCGCUGUCGAGACCCCUGCUGUUGAGGAGACCCCCAAGAUCGAGGAGCCCGUCAAGCCUGUCGAGGAGGUUGCUCCCGCUGCCGUUGAGGAGCCUGCUAAGCCCGCUGAGGAGACUGCUCCUGAGGCCGUCCCCGCUGUUACUGAGGACAAGCCCGCCGAGAGCCCCAAGGAGAAGCCUACCGCCACCAAGCGCAACAGCUUCUUCGGUAACGUCUUCUCCAAGAAGGAGAAGAAGACACCUGAGCUCAAGCCCACUGAGCCCGAGGCUACCAAGGAGGCUGAGGCUGAGACCACUGCUCCCGUGAUCCCUCCUGUUGAGGCCACCACUCCUCUCGCUGUCGAUGUCUCUAACCCCGCUACUGUCCCCACUGAGACCACCGAGACUGCUGCCGCCACCUCUCCUGCCCCUGAGGUCAAGAAGGACCUCAAGGAGAAGCGCAAGUCUUCUCUGCCUUUCGCUUUCGGCAAGCGUGACAAGUCUCCCGCCCCUGCUGAGGGUGAGAAGAAGGAGUCUCCUUUCUCCAAGCUCCGCAACACCAUCCGCGGCAAGUCCCCCAAGCCUGCUGAGAAGCGCGCUGAGGAGAACAAGGAGGAGACCGUCCAAGAGGAGCCCACCGAGGCCAAGGCUGACGAGCCCAAGACCGAGGAGGCCCCCAAGAUUGAGGAGCCUGCCAAGCCCGUUGAGCCUGAGGCUGAGGACAAGCCCAAGGACGCUGCUCCCGCUCCCGUUGUCACCGCCGCCGCCUAGAGGGUUGCUCGGCGCUGAGCGUUGACAUUUACGACUGAAUUCACAAUGAACCAAAAACCUGCCACCACCAUACAACACGCGCAUUGAGAGGGUUUGGGAAUGGAAGGAUGGACUUGCAUUUCUUCACAAGAUACUGAGAUACCCUGUCGAGACUGCUUCACUGAUACCAAUUUCCAUAGCUAAGUUACUGAAUAUGAUGGAGGAGAGGAGGAUGUUGAAGAAAAUGGAUAUCUGAUGGAUGUCCGAAAAUCACCAAAAAAAAUGUUGAAUGGGGUUUCGACUUUGAUGAGUCGAGGUGCCCGCGUCGUUGCUUCUUGUUUUCUUGUCUGAUACCCGGGAUGGAGAUAAUUAAUACCUAAUAAUACAACUGCUGCGUGUUGAAUAACUUGUCUGUACCAUUCAUUGACGUGAAUGUCAUGUUUUUGUAACCUGAGCCUUGAAAGUAUCUAGAGAAUUUAGAAUAUCAGCCUUAGAC